AAAAUGACUGACUGGAAUAAUCCGGAAAAGAACUAUCAGAAUAUGCAGAAUCAGGGGUAUCCACAAAAUAAUAUGGGUUAUCCUCCCCAAGUAAGUUAUCAGCCUCCACAGGGGGGAUAUCCUCCUACUGGAGGAUACCCUCCACAUUCGAUGCAAUAUCCAGGAAGCAGAAUUGAUGGGCAACAUGGAAUGCCUCCAUCCAAUCCUGGAUCAAUGAAUCCUCCUCCAGGUGGAGAUUACAGCUACAGAAGUUUCACGCAGACUUACUCUGCAGCUCCAGUACCUGCUGGCUCUCAGCCAGCAGGCAGGAGAGAUGACGGAAAGAACUAUAAUUUCUUGGAUCCAAUCAUUCCAACUGAGAAGAGAGAAUCCUACGCUAAAAACCUGCUUCAAGCUCAAAAUCAAAAGAUCACAGAAGUUUACAAAAAGUUGUAUAUAGGAAAGAUCCCAACUGGCAUAAAAGAUACUUUGAUCGAAAGAUUACUCAAGGCAUGUGGAACAGUCGAAUACUGGAAAAGAGCUAUCAACGCUAGCAAUCAGCCAAAAAGUUUCGGAUACUGAGAAUAUGAGGAGGUCGAAGGAGCGGUAGUCUGCCUCAAAUCAAUGAAUCAACUCAAGGUUGGUGAGAACAAACUAAUGGUCAACUGUGACUCAAAGACCAAAGAAUAUCUUAAUAACUGGAUUGAAGAGAAGAAACAAGAGUGGCUCAACCAACAAAAAGGACUCGAAAAGGAGGUAAAUUUGGAAGAAUUAGAAGAAAAAGAGCGUAACAACCAAAUCAUGCCAUGGAUAGAAGAGCUCAUAGGUCAAUAUGCAGGUGACAUCCAGGCUAAAUUCCAAGAAAUCCUAGGUAGCCAAGGAGAGCAAAAUGUUGGCCCCAUGACUAGCAUUGACUACAGGUCAGCCACAACUUUAGAUCAAGCCAGGAGGUAUAAACCUCACAUAAAAGAAAUCGAAAGAGAGGGUAGAUUCCUCGAAUUAGAGAAAGAUAAAAUACAAAAAUAUGAAAGACUCAGACGAAACUGGGAAGCCAAAGAAAUCAAGUACGAAGAGGCCAAGUUAAAGGAGAAGCAGAAGGAAGCCAGAAGGGAAGCUGACCUCCAAGAAUUAAUUAAAAGAGAUUUAGAGUAUGAUCCACACGAAGAUAAGUACCACUCUUCAUGCCCUUAUUUCUCAAAAAGCAGCAAAGAAAAGAAAAGGGAAAGAAGAAAGAGAGAAGCCCAACUUGAUGAGAAAGACAGACUCAGAGAAAUCCAAGAGAUCAAGGAAGAAGAGGAACGUAAAAUAGAAGAAGAAAAGAAAAGGAUAGAAGAGUUAAAAAGAGAAGAAGAGAGAAAGAAUAGAGCCCAAACUAGAUUUACAGAGAUCAGUAAAAUUAAGAAGGAGGCUGAAACCCCUUCAAAUGUUAAUAAAGAUGUCGAAAUGACGGAUGUAAAUAAUCAAAAUCAACAGUUAGACCCAAACACCCCUCAGCCAUUAGCACAUAACGCUUCUUUCUUCCCUCAGCAAAAUUCUAACCCAGGGAUGAUUCCUUUACGCAUGCCAAAUCAAAUGAAUCCAGCAAACCUGCCUCCUCCACCUCCAAUGCCUCAGGCUCAAACAGAUGUCCCCCAGCCUGCACCAGCCUUUAAUCCACCUCCGCCACCUCCACAGAUGCAUCAGAGAUCUGAAGUAGCUGCUCAGUUUAAAGAAGCUGUAACUGAAGAUAUAGAGGGACCAGCAACAUUACUCAAGACAGAAGAUAGCACAUUAAAUGAAAACCUUGCCUUCUUGGAACAGAAGCGUAAACAGAUCGAAGAAGAGGCAGCCAAGAAGAAGCAAGAGGCUGAACAGCAGUAUGAAGAAGAGGACAGAGAAGAACUGAUCAAGAAAUUAAAGGAGAUUUAUCAAUCCUUACCUAAAAAGGACGAUGAGAUCCUCGCCUUCAACCUUAACUGGGAUGGCCUCAUCUCUCUUAAUGUUAUAGAAGUCAUCAUUAGAAAGAUAAUCGGGAGGAGAGUCAAAGAGAUCCUCAAUGUGGAAGAAGAAAAUCUUAUCCAGUUCGUUAUAGAAGAACUUAAGAAGAAAGUUCAGCCCAAAGACCUCAAGAAGAAGCUUAAAAAGGUACUAGAUGAGGAAGCAGGUCAGUUUGUCACUAAUGUAUGGAGAGCUAUGAUCUUCGAAAGCAUUAAAAUUGAGAAAGACAUCAUCAGAGUUCCAUUUGCACUUUACUAGGUAUGCUAUUUCUCAAAAGUUGUUCAAUCUAAA